AUGACGCCGUAUCUUACCUGUCAGCGUUGCAACAGCGUGGCGUUCGUCGAUCUGAAGCGGGUACGGCGUAAAGCGGAUCAACUGACUACUUCCAAGGCUGGCGAUAGAAAAGACACCACCUUUCUGUACGAGCAAGUCCCGAAGUGUCCUGUUUGUGGUAGCACAAGAUAUCUGCGAGCCGGAGUUGUAAGCUUCCAGGAGCAGAUCGAGGAGGAGCGAAAUGCCAUCAAGGAAUUUGAACGUCGACGAGUUCCAGCCACCGCUUUGCUACAACGAAUUGCCCGCGGUUUCCUUGGGCGGUUGGAGUUCCGUCGUCGAUUAGUCGAGCGUGAGCGAUAUCUACGAAAGAUCAAACGUGCGGCAACAAAAAUUCAGACACGGGUACGAGGAAUGCAGGCACGAAGGCGAACUGUCAUCGAGCGAUGUCUACGGAUUAUUCGCUUUAUGGCUCCACAGAUUCUUAGCUACGCGCUAGCUGCCCGACAGAACGUGCCACUAGUUUUUUGGUACUCAAAUGCAGCAGAAUUAAGUGUGUUUUAUUGGAACUACCGAGAGUACGUACGGCGUUCGGGUGGGAAACCUUCUUUGAUCAAGGUGGAGAACAAUGUAGUGGAGAUAACGAGACGCGUGCUGCGUCGCGAAUACGCGCUUGUCAGUCGCAUUCAAGCACAAUGGCGGGGACUAGCCACGCGUAUGGUCUUCCGUGACUUCAAGAGACAGAAAGGGUGGCUGAAGGGUAUUCAGCAGUCUCCAGCUGUGAAAAUUCAGCGACUAGUUCGUGGUGUUGCAAGUCGUCGUCGUUGCCAAGCAUUGCAAGUGACCACCAAGUACCCAGCUCAACGUGAAGCCUAUCGCAAGGAAAUGACAGCCCGGGCACAGCAGUCGAAGGCAUUAGUCUUCCGCCAGCGUCUGAUGGCCAAGUACCAACAACAAUUCCAGAUCAAUCGCACCACGCGGAUGAUCGUGCAGACAUCCAUGGCAAAGGCGUGUGGCGGAGUGCUACUACCUCGAAACCCGAACGCUAUUCGGUUCGCACAGAUAAGGCGGCAGUUUGAGGGCAAAAACGGAAAGCUACGCGGACCAAAGCUUCACAUUCUAAAGGCGCAGAUGUACGCACCCUCCACUUCCAGCAACUCGGAGGUCUCCGUUGAUGAAAGUCGAUGUUGA